AUACGACAAACAAAACUCUGCAAAAAUUUCCCGUUUCAUUCAUUCAUCGGCACUUUACCCGAGUACAAUUUAAAUAUUUGAUCAAAUUAUCAAAAUAUUUACUGAUAUGGGGAAGGGCAUCGCACUAGUCAUAGUGGUGGGCCUCGCAUCAGUCGGACUAAAUUAUUCCGGAUAUUUUACCUCGCGUCCCUCAGAAAUUGUACAAACGAAAAAUGGUAAAGUUCAAGGCGUGAUUAAGGUUUCGAGGGAUGGCCGAGAUUUUUCGGCUUAUCUUGGGAUUCCUUUUGCGGAACCUCCAAUUUCUGAGAAACGCUUUGAGCCACCCGUCCCCGCAAAAUCCUGGACUGGUGUUCUCCAGGUGGAUAAAUCACAUCCGGGAUGUUAUCAAUUUGAGGCCUUGGUCCGAGGGAAAUUUUUAGGCGAGGAGGACUGUCUUUACCUUAAUGUGUUCAAGCCAAUGACAUCAACCAAAGGGCCCCUUCCGGUCAUGGUGUGGAUAUAUGGGGGAGGAUUCUUAGCUGGGAAUACCCGUCAGUACGAUCCAAAAUAUUUCAUGGAUCAAGAUGUCAUUGUUGUUAGCAUGAACUACAGACUUGGUCCUUUAGGGUUUUUAAAUACUGGUGACGCAACUGUUACUGGAAACGCUGGCUUAAAAGAUCAACGCCUAGCGCUGAAAUGGGUCCAAGAUAAUAUCCAAGCUUUUGGCGGCGAUGCUAAGAAAGUUACAAUUUUUGGAGAAUCGGCUGGUGCCGCAAGUGUCCAUGCCCACAUAAUUUCGCCAUCGAGCAAGAACUUAUUCCAUAAAGCGAUCCUGCAAUCGGGAUCAUUGUACUGUCCUUGGUCUAUGAAUGUUCAUCCUGCCCGACAAGUUAGGAAGUACGGGAAGAGGGUGGGUUGUCCACAAAGCGAUAUGAAAGCCUUGGUCGCAUGUCUCAAAGGGUUGAGUGCAAAACAAGUAACGGAGCCAAUCGUGGAUUUCAUGGAUAAAGGUCCGUUUAUAGAAGGAGACGCAUUCUUCGGGCCCACGAUAGAAUCUAAGGAUGCAAUUGAUCCCAUGUUUAUUGAAAAUCCGCGAAUUUUAAUUGAACAAGGGAAGUUCGCCAAGGUUCCCGUAAUGAUGGGGGUCACGAAGGGAGAAGGUGGAAUUAGGACUUCAAGGCUUGACGCAAUGAACAUGGACGUUGAAACCAUGCAAGAAAACUGGUCCAAAUAUGCCCCAAUCAUGUUGAUGUAUGAUCCCAAAAGAACUAACGUUACAGACAGAUUUCGAGAGUAUUACUUUUCUUCACCGCCCUACAAUCACGACACGUAUUUCCAGAACUUUACCAGAAUGAUUUCGGACGGAUGGUUCUUUCAUGCGCUUCAUGGAGCUGUAACCCACCAUAAUAAAGUUGCACCCGUUUAUUUAUAUUAUUACGACUAUGAGGCCGCCCUUCCCUCGAUUUAUAGCGCGAUGAAGGCAGUGGAAUCUUCAGACGAUUGGUUGUUUGCAGAUGCUAGAAUUGCAAUUUCAAUAGGGAAAGAUUUGUUUAAGAGAUAUUACGGCCAUCCAGGUCCACAUGAUUAUGGUGCUUGUCACGCUGACGAGUUGUUACAACUUUUCAAUAUGGAGCGGGCGUUUGAAAUUGGACAAAAAAGUCGGGACUAUCAAUUUUCAAAGGAUCUAGUAAAGACUUUUGUCGAUUUUGCGAAAAGCGAUGACAAUUUGAAAUUCAAAGGAAAAGAAUGGCCAAUUUUGAAGCAGGGUAGCAUCGCAAAUCAGAAGGGUCCACUCCCUUUUAUGUCGCUUAACAAGGAUGGCGGCGUCAUUAACGAGCCGUUUUUUGAAAUUAUACCGUUCUGGAAUUCCCUAAAUAUUAGAGAUUUUAAGGCCAAGGUGGACUGGUGAUGAUAAUAUUUAAAAUUCAAAAAUCAGAUUCUAUAUUUAUUGAAGAUUUAUGCAUGUAAUAUGCAAAUAUUUAUGCAAAUUUGUGAUAUGUACUCUUACAAGUAUGUAAGUAUAUGUAAAUACAAGCAGGGAAAUUAUUAAAAUUAACAAAUAUCAUAUUUGUACAUAUAUAUUACACAGUAAAAGUUAUUUCACUUUCACCUAAUUCUCCUCUCAUGCAAAAUGGUUAGCAAAGUGAGUAGAAUAGUCAUGCAGAUCGGAUAUCCAAUUUCAUAUGGAAAUAUAGCCGAAUGAAAUAAACUCCACCCUCUUGUCAUAACGGAUCGUAGGAUUCGAAUUGGGAAAGUCAAAGGCAGGGAAUAGCAGAAAGGUUGAUACCACCACACAACAGUUUCCACGGGCCAGAGGUUAUCUAUGGGGGUGUAUUUUUAUACAUGUUUGCAUACAUUAGAAAAUUUUUAAGAAAAGAUGUAAAUUUGCUGUAAAAUUUUGAGAUUUUAUGUUUUACCCGAGGCAUAAAUGGCAGACCAAAGGAACAGAAGAGACACAAAUAUUCCUUCAAUCUCGUUUCGAACAAAUCCAGUUAGAAGGUAUGAAACGGAGGAUAACGAUAUGCGAACAAGUAUAAAAAUGAGGCAUAUCGAUGUCCAACUUCCUUUUACUUCAUCGCCACGAUCCCACCAAAUUAGAAGCACAAUUGUGCCGCAAUAUAUCACCAUUGCUGGGAUAUCGGCUAGGUAGUAGGAGAGCAGGAUUUGGUUAAAGUCUACGCCUGUCGCAAGUGUGCGUGAAAGGGUCCUUUCCCUUCGGUCUUUGAUGUGCAAGAGUCCCAUGUAAGUCGACAGGAAACCCCAUGUUCUAAGGGAAAGUUAAUUCAAAUUUGACAAAAAACUUACAUAGGAUAUGCAAAUAUAUUUAUGUAUGUAAAUAUUUUAUCCACAUCAUGAUUCCCAUUGGGGCCAAGAAUGUGUUCCAUGAGUCAUCCAUAUUCCCAUAAAUUGCGUGGAACUAAAAUAUACAAGUUGCAUAUUUAGAUAAAUACAUAAACUCGAGUAGGCAGAUAUAAGAAUGUAUGGAGUUAGUGUUAUCCUAGGAGGUAUUUAGUUGUAAAAUUAAAAAAAAUAGUUUCUAGGAAUUGGAGAAUCCGAAAUUUUUUAGACGCUGCAAUGCCCAAUAAUCACUGGAAAUUGUAUCAAGUAUAGAAUGUCGCGAGGAAGUAUCACAACACGCAAUAUUGCAAGUACGAAACGAAAUAUGAAACCGCAGGAUAUUUGUCUGAAGUAUUUACUGAUCAAUUACUGCUUAAUAAAUUUGUAAUUUUUGUAAGCAUUGCUGUCUAUAGGAAAUUAAAAAUAUUUAAAUAUCUUUUAGUAUUAUGUAUUAUAGGUACCGCCAAUGGUGGUGUGACCAACCUCUGGUCGACAUCGAGUCCAGCAGCGAUUUCUCCAAAUAAUUUCACGACAGCGUUGUACAGGGAUUGCGUAAGAAAACUAUAACGAAUCAAUAUAACGGCGUAGUACCUGAACCUGAGUUGUCUAAUUUGACUGAAAUAUUGGACCCUUCAAUGGUUUCGUUGUCCGAGUGGAUGUUCCAGACAAACCGGUUGUUACUGUGAAAUGUAAAAUUCAACGGAAUUACGACAUAGCCGGAACUUUGCCCCGAUGUGACGCUAUCCAAAGCGUCUGAUUCAGUUGUCAUCUUGACCUUGCAAUGAAAUGAUCCGUAUAAAUUCACAAGCGUAGUUUCUUCCUUGUUUUACAAUGAAGUCGCCAUCGCUCAAACAGGACGGAUUAUUGUUCGUCACAAGUCCCAAUUUUAGUCCGAUUGGAUCGUUUCCAAACAUGUUGAGAAAUAGGAUUGUGUUCCCAAUUGUAAGUAACAAUAUCAUAACCGAUACUCUGUAAUUUAAAUAAAAUUUAUUUUCAAAUUUGAA